UGUCAUCUUCCUCCUUUUUCUCCUCUCUGAUGUGCAUUGCGAUUUACAUCUCAGAAACCCUAGAUUUCGAAAUCUAGGGUUUGUUCUUGGUUCUCUUGUUUCUUGGUCUAUACUAGGCUGUAAUUGUAGGAACAGCUUCACCUUUUGCCUCGUCUCCUAUCUCUGUUCUUGUUGCAUUCGCGAAUUCAAAUCUGCAUUUAUCUUGAUUUCUGAGCUCACGAUUUGCUUCUUCUUCCUCUUCUUCUAGGCUUCUAAAGAUCGAAUUGGAUCUUGAGGUUAGUUUAGGCUUGCCUAAAUUUUUAUGGGCUUUUAACUUAGAAAGUAAAAAAAAAAAACCCACUUGAUUCUGGGGUUUUCUUCAUUAUCUUGAAAAAAGACCUUAGUUCAGCUCUCCGAUUUUUUCGCUGGCGGUGGAGAUUUAAAAGCUUAUUUUUUUUUCAAAAAGGUUUCCUACUUUGAGUAGGACUCUGUUCUCAAAACCCUGUCUCCUAAUUCUAUCCAAGAAAGGAAUUUUAAAAUUUAGGGUUUAUAAAUGCAUGGAAGGUCGAGAAGCAAUGCCAUUCCCAGCAACAGAAGCAAAUCCUCCUCCUUUCUAUUUCCCCAGAGGAGCUUUCACUUCAAUCCCGGCUUCUCAAUCCGCGAGUAUCCUCCACGCGCCGCCUGGUUUCAGACCAAUGCCUAACCCUAGUUUGCAGCAGCAGCAUCCGUUUCCCUUUGGGGAGCAGAGACAUCAUCAAGAAUUCAGCCAUGGGAUUCACAUGGGCAUCGCUUCUUCUCCUCCGACUAUGCAAUCGCCGGUUUCUCCGCCGGUAGCUGCGACGGAGCCGCCGGUGGUUAAGAAGAAGCGUGGACGGCCGAGGAAGUAUGUGCCUGAUAAUCAGACUGAUCUUGGACUCUCUCCGAUGUCUUCUUCUUCUCACAAGCCAAAGAACUCUUCUUCAAUGUCUGAUGAUCCUAAUGCACCCAAACGAGCUAGAGGUCGGCCACCAGGAACCGGGAGAAAGCAGCGUCUCGCUAAUCUCGGUGAGUGGGUGAAUACUUCAGCUGGACUUGCUUUUGCACCACAUGUGAUCAGUGUUGAAGCCGGAGAGGACAUUAUUUCAAAAAUCCUUUCGUUUUCACAGCAAAGACCAAGAGCCCUCUGUAUAAUGUCAGGAACCGGAAUGGUUUCUACAGUGACGCUAUGCGAAAGCGGAUCCUCAGUGCCUACUCUGACUUUUCAGGGGCAUUUUGAGAUACUGAGUUUAGGAGGAUCUUACCUAGUGGACGAAGAAGGUGGUCCUAAAAGCCGAAUUGGCAGUAUCAGUGUCUCUCUCUCCCGCCCUGAUGGUUAUCUGAUUGGUGGCGGAGUUGGAUCCCUUAUUGCAGCCAGUCUCGUUCAGGUUGUGGCGUGUAGUUUUGUAUACGGGAGUGCAAAGGCUAAAGUAAUUAAGCAAGAGAAAGGCUCAAAGGAAGACAACAAAAGCAUCAACUUGGAGACACCGACCAGUGAAAGGCCACCGCCACCGCCACCGCCACCGCAGUCGCCACCGCCACCGCAGUCGCCACCGCCAACAGCAACAAUAUCAGAAGCGGAACCGCCUCAGACGGGAUGGUCAUGAUCAUAGUAGAAUUCCAAAGUCAACUUUAGUUUCAAAUUUUAUCUUUGACCAUAAAAAACCUUUAUUUUUUGUCCAUGGGUCCACAAAAAAGAAAAGAAACUAUGUAUAAAUAUCUUCAUUUCAAUCAAUUAAUCAAUUCCA